AUGACCACCGCAACCGUCCUCGCGCGCGCCAUCUACGCGGAAGGUGUGAAGAACGUCGCCGCCGGCUGCAACCCCAUGGACCUCCGCCGCGGUUCCCAGGCCGCCGUCGAGCGCGUCGUCAAGUUCCUCUCUUCGCACGCAAAGACCAUCACCACCACCACCGAGAUCGCCCAGGCCAUGGAGAAGGUCAGCAAGGAGGGUGUCAUCACCGUCAAGGAGGGCCGCACGAUUGACGACGAGAUCGAGAUCACCGAGAGCAUGCACUUCGACCGCGGCUUCACCACUCCCUACUUCGUCACCGACGUCAAGACCCAGGAGCGUGAGUUCGAGAAACCCCUCGUCCUCCUCAGUGAAUCGAAGACCAGCCGUCUCCAAGACGGCCUCCUGUGGACGCGGCGGCCUCCUCUCCUUCAAGUUGACCAAGAAGAGAGCAGCGACGAAACAAGCAGCGUCGAUAACCGCAUAGAUUGCAAAAGUCUUCCUGAGACCCAAUAA